ACCCUGUUUGGUUUUCCUUCAGGAAGAGGACCACUGCUUUCUCUUGACCAUGUGCUCCAACGCUUGUGGGCGUCCUGGCUCUCAGGACUCUUCGUUUGCAUGGAAGUUCUGUGUCCAGCUGCUUCUUCUGGGUUUUCUCCUGCCCACUUGGCUAGGAGCUGUGGAGAUCAAGGUCUCCGAAGAGCCCGUGGUGGCCCUCGUUGGCCAUGACGCCGUUCUCCAUUGUUCCUUCUCACCGGAGGCCAAUUUCAGUCUGAACGAGCUCAGCCUCUUCUGGCAGGUGACCGACACCAACCAGCGGGUGCACGGCUUCACGAAAGGCCAGGACCAGCCGGCCUACCAGGACAGCCCUUACGCCAACCGCACUGCCCUCUUCUAUGACCAGCUGGCCCAUGGCAACAUGUCGCUGCUGCUACGCCGAGUGCAGAUUUCCGACGAAGGGAGCUUCACCUGCUUUGUCAAAGCGCGGGACUUCAGCAGGGCGGCUGUCACUCUUCAAAUGGCAG